GCGGCGGAAGACGUCCAAAAAAAUGGCGGUCGGGGAGCAGUUUCAGACAAACGCUCUUAUAAUCACGUCAAUAUUCCACAUGUUGGCGAGACAAGCGAUGUUUUUCCGACACGUCUUUGACGCGGAAAGACGCAUCGCUCACAUUAGAGAAGACUGUCACACCAAGCUGAGCAGAAGCAGGGACAGAUUUGAAGCCGAGCGGCACAAGCGACUGAGACGCUACCGGAGGCUGAAGGCUGCGGCUCUCCAGGUGUGUCUGCAGCAACAGGUGGAGAGGAAGCUGUGGAAGCGGGAGUGGACGUACGGCCAGGCGUUUUGGAGCAGCGUCUUGAACAAGUUUGACGACGAGCAGUGGAGAGAGCACUUCCGCAUGUCCCGCAGCACGUUCGAGUCCGUGCUGCAGCUGCUGGAGCCCGCGCUCAGCAAGCAGACCACCAACUGGAGGAAGCCGCUGGAGGCGCGCCAGAGGCUGGCCAUCGUCCUGUGGUGGCUGGCGACUCCCAGCGAGUACCGCAACGUGGCCUGCCUGUUCGGCGUGGGGAUCUCCACGGUGUGUGUGCUGGUCCGCCAGGUGACAGCGGCGAUUAAACGCAGCCUCCUCAAGCGCUUCAUCUGCCUGCCGACAGGAGACGGUCUUCAGAGCAGCCUGCGGGGAUUCACGGAGCGCGGAUACCCCAUGUGUGCCGGGGCCGUGGAUGCUACACACAUACCUGUCAUCACUCCCAAAGACCGUCCUCACGCCUACUGCAAUCCGAGAGGAUGGCACUCCGUGGUGCUGCAAGCUGUGGUGGACCAUAGCUGCUGCUUUACAGACAUAUACGUGGGCUCUCCUGGUGGGACUCCUGAUGCCAGAGUGUUGACCAGCUCGCCUUUGUACAAAAAAGCUGAAAACCUGGAUGGCUAUUUGUUUCCCCGUGAGAAUGCGAGGACGGUGAAUGGCGUGGAGAUCCCUGUUCAUUUGAUCGGCGACGCUGCCUACCCUCUGAAGCCGUGGCUCAUGAAGGAGUUCAGCCAGCACGAGCGCCUGACACCGGAGCAGUGCAGCUUCAACCGGCGCCUGGGCUCGGCCCGCACCGUGGUCCAGAACGCCUUUGCUCGCCUAAAGGGUCGGUGGAGGUGCCUGCUAAAGCGCAACAACGUUGAUAUUGCUCUCGUGCCAGACAUUGUCACCGCUUGCUGCAUCCUGCACAACGUGUGUGAGCUGAACAAGGAAGACUUUCUGCCUGAGUGGAGCGCAGAGCUCGGUGAGGAUCUGCAGGAGCCAGACAUGGAGGCUUUCCAUGGAGAUGAAGCUCUUGGCCCACAAGCAGUGCGUCAGGCAGUGAUGUCCAUAUUGUAAUGCUGAUCAUAAAACUGUUACUCGGUAUAAAUUAUUAUUUAUAGCAGCA